AUGGAUAGCGUUGUCGCUGCUUUCCUCGCUGGUCAGACUCCGACUCGGGAUGACGUACUCGACGAUGAUGAAAAAUUAGGGUUUUGGUGGGAAGACGAGAGUCUCGCCAAUUCGGAGAAUGCGGAGGAAUUGGGCGACGCGAUUGAUUCAAUGAAGAGGAUGUUACAAGAUCUCAAGCAGUUGCAAAGAGAUCAUCAACACGUCGUCGUGGAGAAUGAGAACAACAACAACAACAACAAUGCUUCUUUUACUUUACGUGGAAACGACGACGUAGGUGAAGGAUGCAGCAACUUUGAUCAAAUAUUUGAUUCUGAGGUUCAUGAAUCUCAAUCUCAAGUUAUGCCCAUGAUCAAUUUGGACGACGACGACUUCUUUUCUUCUGAUUUCUUCAAUGACAUUGAUAUUGAUGCUCUUUAUGCAUCUAUAAACUUUUAA